AUGUUCCACCACUACCUCGCCUCAUUAAUCACAACACCCCUGCUCUUCUGCAGCCUCGCUUCGGCCGCGGACCCGGUCGGCGUCAACAGGCAAGACGUCAUCGCCAAGCCGCAGCUGUCCAUCAACGGCAUCCCCUUCAGCACGCGCGCACACUGGAUGCGGCGCGCGAACGCGGCCCUGGCAGAUCUCGGCUCGCCGUGUCCGUUCGCUGCGUUUGGCACGGCUAUCGUCAAUCACACGGCGACGACGGAAGACGGGCUGGGCGAGCUCGUUUGCAUUGGCGCAAAUGCGAAUAGCAAGACGGGGAAUCCUACGAUGCAUGGGUAA